UGAGAGCAGUGCUAGAGCAAUCGGACUGUGGUGGAGCAUCAGGCAUCACAGACUCUCCAGGUUGAAUGGGAACAGCAGAGUUUUCAACCAGAGCAUUGACAGAGAGCCAACAGUGCAUGUGGAAAAUCUGAAUCAAUGCUUUGAGUAUUGAACUGACUAUCAUAAAAUACAUUCUCAUUUACAAAACAAUGAAACAUUCAUUGAUUUUGGAGGUCUUCCUGCCGUCAAACAUGGCAUUUGUGUUGGCUCUUCUGCUGUUGGUCUUGCCGAGUCCUGCUCAGUUGAGCGAAGAUCUGCUGACAGCAUCUCAACACGUGUCCAGGGCUAUCAAACCUCAGCCUUUUAAAGUUGUGGUUUCGGACACAUGUGCACAGGACAAGACCAGAGGCAAAGAGAUAGACCUGGACCCUGAUUCUCCUCUGGUGUUGACCCAUCGGAUCCAUCUGGUGCCAGGGUCAGGGGCAGGUUGUGGAGGGUGUGAGGUGGAUUUUGCAGCCCUGCGUGAUCGUAUUGAAAGACUGGAGAAGGAGGUGUCAGACCUGAGAGAGAAUUGUGGUGGUCCAGAGGGAUGCUGCACUUCCCAGCAGAGCAAGGGUGCAGUAUGUACCACAGUUCGUCCUGCGACAGACGAUUGUCUGGAUGACUGCAGUGACCAGGGCCGCUGUGUAGAUGGGAAAUGUGUGUGUUUCCCGGGAUUCAGUGGUGCUGACUGCAGCAUAGCCGACUGCCCUGAUGACUGCAACAACAGGGGCAAGUGUGUGAACGGAGAGUGUGUGUGUGACAGGGGCUUCACCGGUCCAGACUGCUCCACCAAUACAUGUCCCGAUAACUGCAAUAACAGAGGACGCUGUGUAAAUGGCAAGUGUGUGUGUGAUGCCGGUUUUACCGGGCCCAACUGCAGAACACUGACCUGUCCUGAUAACUGCAACAACAGAGGCCUCUGCGUAAAUGGAAAAUGUGUAUGUGCCACCGGAUUUACCGGGCCCAACUGCGGGACGCAGACCUGCCCUGAAAACUGCCAUAACCGUGGCCGCUGUGUGAACGGGAAAUGUGUGUGCGACUCUGGAUUCACAGGACCCAGCUGCUCCGAGAUGUCUUGUCCUGGGAACUGCAACAAACGCGGACAGUGUGUAAAUGGACAGUGUGUGUGCGAGAGCAGCUUUAUGGGGCCGGACUGCUCGUCCAGAUCAUGUCCCAGGAAUUGCAGUAACCGGGGCCGAUGCGUCGACGGCCAGUGCGUGUGUGACGCCGGUUUUACUGGAUCGGAUUGCUCAUUCAAGGCUUGUCCCGGUAACUGCAGCAACAGAGGCAGAUGUGUGAAUGGGAAGUGUGUGUGUGACAUGGGAUUCUCCGGUCAGGACUGCUCCACCAAAACCUGCCCCAAUAACUGCAGUAACAGAGGGCGCUGUGUGAAGGGCCGCUGCGUGUGUCACCGUGGUUUCACUGGGCCCAACUGCAGUGAAUGCGAGUCUGGAUUCACAGGGGCUGACUGCAACUCUGAACUGGCGGGUGUCUCUGGUCUCAGCACUCGGGACAUCACUGAAUCGUCUGUCACUUUGUUCUGGACUCCACCAGCAGCGCAGUAUGACACAUACCACAUCACUUUCACCAGCAUGAAAGAAACCGAUCAGAAAAUAACCUCCAAAAUCAGUGGCAGGCUGAGCACUUACACUCAGAUUGGACUGGCUGCUGGACAGGAGUACACAGUCAGCCUCACUGGAGAGAAAGAUGGCGUGAUGGGAGCAGAGAGCACAGCUGAAUUUACCACCUUGAUCUCUGGCCCCAAAAACUUGCAAGUUGUAAAGACAACCACUACAUCAGUCAUUGUCCAGUGGGAGAAAGCACUGGGAGAGAUUGACAGGUACAUCCUCUCCGUUGUACCCAAUCAGACAGAUGGAUCAGGGAUCAGACUUCCAGAGAUGAACCUCCCCUCACAGAGGGAUUCAGCCCAGAUUGAUGGCCUGGAGCCAGGCCGCUUGUAUGACAUCACUUUAGUGGUGGAGAAAGAUAGCUCCCAGAGCCUGCCAGCAACUGUACAGGCAACUCCUGGUCCCGAGCCACCAUCUAAUCUUGUGUUCAGUGAAGUGACCGACAGCUCUUUCACUCUGUCCUGGACCAAACCCAAGAGCAAAGUGUCUGGCUUUAAGAUCACCUACACUCACGUACAAGAAGGUGAGCCGAUCUCUGUUAGUGUCGAUUCAGACACAGCCCAUCUGGCUCUCUCAAGACUGCCACCUGGAUCCUCCUAUGAGGUCAGCGUGAUGUCAGUGCUCGGACAAGAUGAGAGCGAUUCCAUCAAGGAUACUGUCACCACUUUGCCCGACCCACCAACAGACCUGAGGGCCAUAAAUAUCACAGACAGUAAAGCACUGUUGCUGUGGAGACCUGCCCUGGCAACCAUUGAUCAUUACAUCAUUAAGUACAGUUCUGACACAGUACCUGGAUCUGAAAAAACCAUCAAAGUAUCUGGCAAUGCAGCUGAACAGCAGCUGCAGGCCUUGCAAACUUCCACCAAGUAUAGCGUGACCAUUCAAAGCCAACUGCGAAACCUGAGCAGUGCAGCAGCCAGCACAGUUUUCACAACCUCCAGUGGCUCUGAUAAACAAGGGGACAGUCCCCGUGAUCUCAAAGCCAGUCAGGUGACGCCUCGUGCUGCUGUGUUGUCAUGGAAACCACCUGCAUCAGCCGUCAGUAGUUACAAGUUGAGAUAUUACACAGAAGGCCAGGACAUUAAGGAAGUAGUUCUUGAUCCCUCAAUCAAGGAGUUCAAGUUAAACCAACUAUAUCCAAUGUCAACAUACACAGCUAAUCUACAGGCCGAGAGAGGUGGUCAAUACAUGGUUGCCAUCUCUACUGAGUUCACCACUGGGAAUCUUCGAUAUCCGUUUCCCACUGAUUGUUCACAGGAGAAACAGAAUGGAGCGCUGGAGUCUGGAAUUGUUGAGGUGUUUCCACAGAGGAAGCAGGGAAAGCCAGUGCUUGUGUACUGUGACAUGGAGACUGACGGAGGAGGGUGGACGGUGUUUCAGAGAAGAAAGGAUGGGAAAACAAACUUCUUCAGGGGCUGGCGUGAAUACAGCCGUGGGUUUGGAGAUCUGGAUGGAGAAUUCUGGCUCGGGAAUGAGCAGCUUCAUAACUUCACUCAGAUGAACCCAAUGACUCUGAGAGUGGACCUGAGAGCAGGAGACCAGUCUGUCUAUGCUCAUUAUUCCUCCUUUUCUGUGGAUAGCCAGAAAAAACAUUACACCAUCAGAGUGUCUGGAUACUCGGGCACAGCCGGUGACUCUAUGACAUAUCAUAAUGGACGGCCGUUCUCCACCCGGGACAGAGACUCUCAGCCUUUCAUCACCCGCUGUGCCAUGUCUUAUAGAGGGGGCUGGUGGUACAAGAACUGUCAUGAAGCCAACCUAAAUGGUCUUUACAACACAAACACCAACCACCAGGGAGUAAUCUGGACAGGGUGGAAAGGCAAAGAUUUCUCAAUUCCCUUCACUGAGAUGAAAUUCCGCCCAGCCUCAUUCAAACUUUGAACUGCAACAGAUGGAAGGAGUGAAGGAGAGAUCAGAAGAACAGGGACAAUCUGUUUAUGGACACAAGCACACACAGUACAAUAAGGAAAACACACACAUGCAACACACACUCUAAUAUCAUUAAUGCACAUAUAACCAUACAAUGGAAACCUUGUGAAGUAGUAACAUCUACAUAUAUAAUAUCUAGGCCCAGACGCAAUCUGCAGACUUUUUUCACAUUUUCUGUGCUGAUUUUGGGGGAAAACCUGUGGAAUGGAUUUUAAAAUGUGUUAAACUAACCUGGGAGUACCACACAAGGGGCAGAGCAUUUGUAAUUGAAGAAAAUUCCAAUUCUAUGGAAAUCUGUGGAGCUUUCUGCAGAGUUCUGUAUGCGCAGAUUCAGUGUGGGCCUGCUCAUAUCUAAAAUAUCUAAAGGCCAUGAAGGCCAUGAAGGCUAUUCAUCCGUAGCUUAUAUAAUAUAGUUUAAAGUUUCUAUAGAUUCUCUUUCAUCUCUGCGUUAUGACACCAGGGUUGAGCAAAAUUCAAAAUUAUGGAAUUGGCUCCCUUUCAAUUCAUGAGUUGAAAUUUGAAUUGAAUUGGCCACACCCCACAGGAUAUGGAACUGAAAUGACAGGAAGAAGAAUUAAUUGCUAUUCAAAGAAACUGAACACACAACAGAGGAAUUUAAUAGGUCCAACACAACAAUUAAAUGGGCAAGAACAGAUCUCUCCUUAGGUGUUCUGUUUAAAGUGCCUCAUGUUGUUUUGAAGACAUUGGGGUAAAUUAGAGCAUUCUGGGAAAUGAACUGUUUAUCCACCAUGAUCCAUAAAGUAAAAGUUAGUUUAUUAAAAAAUCUUUCAUACUGAAUUCAUUUAAUUCAUACUGAAAAAAAAUUUAUUAUUAUAAUCUGCACUUGCAAUUCUGCAUCCUGGUUGCUACCUCAAUUCAAAUUCAGAAAUUAAAUGUUAAUUUCAAAGGCAUUCUCAAUUCGGUUCUGAAUGGCACACAGGUGUAGGAAAUAUUAUGCACUGCCUUGUUCACUAUGGAUUAAGCUAUAUGGAUCAGGUGUCACAUAUAUCAGCUUGAACUAUCAAGAUUAUGAUGUUUGUAUUCAUAUUGGGAUUUUAUGUUGUAUGCACUGUAUUUCAGUGUUGUUUAGAAUGAUUUCAUAAAAUAAAUAAAAACUGAAAGUGGAUAUAUAUUACUGUUGGCCUCUUAUGGCUCUAUGAAAUCAAUGCUUUUUAUUGGAUUUUGAUAUAAUAAAAU